AUUGCAAAAGCGGCAUUUAUUUUAAAAGCAAAUUUUGUUUACGCCAAUAAAACACUGCAAGUAUGUAUUUUGUGCACAAAUUAGUGCGAAAAAAGUACCAAAAUUAAAAGAGGUAUCCAAAAGAAAAAAAAAAACAAAACAAAAGUGUUAGGAAAGCAGCAGAGAGCAUACAAUAAAGUUUUAUAAAAAAAAAAUUAGUUAACAAAAAUUAGAAAAAUUGCUUAAAUACAUACAUAAAGUCAGUGUGAAAAACUGCUCAACGUAAAAGUUGCAGAAAAUAGUAGUAAAAACAAAAGUGCAAUAAAAUAUUGCAGUUUGCAACUGCAAAAUCAACUCGUCGCUCAUCAACAUCCACGCUGUCCAUCCACCAGGUACACCAAACCAAAAAAAUUUCCACCCUGAUUGGUCAGAGGCAAACAACAAUGAUGAAGCGACGUUGGUCGAAUAACGGCGGUUUCGCCUUUCGCAUGCUCGAAGAAUCUUCCGCCGAAGUGAGCUCAUCCUCCACCGGACUUGUGCUCAGCACCACACUCUCCCCCUCACCGCUCGAUUCGCCUGUCUAUGGCGAACAGGAUCUUUGGUACGAAGCCGCCUUCAAUGGGCAUGGUGGCCACAGCGUGAUCACGUCGGCUCAUGGCUGUGCCAACUUGCUGCCACCACAAACCACCAUAAUUCCCCUGCACCCAUUAGGUGGCAUCAACAAUAUGAAUGUCAACAGUGCUGGCAAUGCCGCGAAUGGUGUGCAUUUCGGUAAUGGCAAUAACGGAGGCAGCGGUGGCGGCGGCGGUGGUGGUGGCAGCGGAAGUGGUGGUGUAGGUGGCAUUGCAUUGGCUCACGGCAAUCAGCUGGGCAAUGGACAUCUUGGAAAUCAGCAAAACGCACAAAAUAAUAAUAAUAGUAAUCUGAAUCUGAAUAAUAACAGCAAUAUGUUGCAUGCCACUCUGAAUCAGGGCCUAAUGAAUGGUUUGAUGGGUGGUGUAUUGGGUGGAAAUGUGGGAAUGCAACACAAUGGACUCAGCAUGCAGCAGCACACACCGCGCAGCGAUUCGGCGAAUUCGAUAUCAUCAGGUAUGUUUCCAACAGGUUCAUUUGACUAUUUUUCGGAAGUUGAAAUGGGUAAGCUGGCAGGAAGUUAUUUUGUAAGUUAGCCUAAGUUACAUCAAAGUAAUUGAGCCCGAGAGGGAUCGGGCAUAGAAAGAAAUAAGACAUGGAAAAAGAAAUGCUAUGUGAGACUAAUUUAUGGUGUGUUAGUUUUAGGUCAGCUGAGAGAGGGAGAGAGAGGGAGAGAGAGAGAGAGAGAGAGGAAACUGGCCAAAGUGUCGAAUUAGUGUCCUAAAACUUAGAUUAAUGUGAAUUCAUUAAUUUAAUAAUUUAAAAAAUAUUCUAAGGAGUAAUGGUAGUGCUUCGAGCACUAAGAUAUUAGAAUCUAAAUAUUUGUUUUUGUAAUAGAAAAAAAUUUCCAAGCCAGACUGAAGCGCAGAUGAACGCUAUCCAUGAAUUAUUUUAUCUAAGCGAACUGCACUAUUUAUUUUAAUAAUUCAUGCGCCUCUCAUAGGCGCUGAAAUACUCAACAGGCUUAUGAAGUAAUUUAUAGACCUGCCGUACGAUGGAGAGCAUAAUAUGGAGGCGCUAAACGUGGUACGGCUACUUUGUUCUCAGUGAAUUUGACAGAUUCACUGUGUGUGUGACGCCGCACUUGUGCAAUUUAUUUGUGAUUUAUUAUUGUCAUUACUUAUUUAUUAAAUUAUAAUUAAAAUUAUAAAGUAAUAUGUUUACAGCACUAGCACUAGCGUAUUGUUGUUGUUGUAAUUUCUUCCUUUUCUUGUGUUCUUGUUUCUACCAUUCUUGGAUCUGCCGUAUAUUUGGAAAUGCCUCUUGACAAUUUUCAGAAUGGUAGAAUACGCAAUUACGCAAACUGAGAUAGAAUUUUAUGAGUCAGUUGGCCGAUAGAAGUAUCAAAAUAGCGAACGUUCGUGAAUGAAAAAGGCAAGUUAGGUUAGGUUAAAGUAAAUAUGGACAAGAGUAGGAAGCAAAAAGGUGCUAGUAAACCGGAAUAAUAGAUAAGCAGGUUUGGCUGUUGUUGCUGUUGUAGUAGCAGUAUAAACAUUCCCCAUACAUGUACCGGGAAUGGUGCUGAAGUGAUAGUUCUUGGCCGGAUAUAAAUCCGGGUCGUUCCGGUUACGUUGAACCGACUGUCAUGGGAAUCUUCAUGUUUGGCCUUUAGUUACGAUGAAAAAUGAAAUUGAGCGAGUUAGCUUCGGCUGCCGCGUCAAGGGUACUCAGCAACAGAAUUCUGCCCGCUCAUUUCACACAUAUUCACACAACCGUCCAAUCAACCGUUGUUCAGAUGGCAACGAAGUAACAAACAUGAAAGCUGCGUUGCAUAUAUCACCAAGACAAUGACUCCAGUUACUCAGCCACUCAGCUGAUUUUUUCAAUCUCACUGAGAGCCGGUUAACGGCCUGAUUCACUCAGAAUCGAGUAGCGAUGCCGCGAUGUGCCAAGCCUAAGAAUGAUCAUUUACAAGAUUGCGACGUCCGUGAGAGUAUUUCUUGGUGUGGUGUCACAGGUUAAUUAGUAACAAAGAAAACGGCAUUGUAGGGGAAAUUCGUUCAUGAAAAAAAAAAAAAUUAAAAUUAAAACAAUAAUAAAAUUUAAAGACAACACAACAGUAAAAUGAGUGCAAACUCAAAUUAGCAAAUCAGCUUCAAAUUCCAUUUCUUCUUCCUUACUACAAAUCUUCUUUACUAUCUAUGAUCUAUACGAUCAGAUUGACUCAUACCCUUUGAGCUUUGAUAAAUAGAAUAGCAAACGAGCUCAGAUUGUUCUCCCAUACUUCGCAAAAGUAGAAGUAGCUGCGCUCUUCUCUUAAAACUCAAGCAAAUUUCUUUUCUCUUCCUUUAUACUUUCUCUUCUCUUCCUUCAUACUUAUUUAGUUUACUGCGUGAUUUUGCAGUCAUAUAAAAUAUUACGUUUGCAUAAAUAAAAAAAAAAAAAAAAAAAAAAAAAAAAACAAAGUACCAAAACUGUUACUCUUUUCUUUUUUACUGCUGCAACAGCGCAUACAGCGUGCGGCGCUUCUCAGAACCGUAUUUUGGCAAAGAAACUGGGUCAGUGACACGUUGAUCUGCAAUUCUUGCGAAGGCUUACAUUUAAGCUUCUUCAUAUUUGCUGGUUCAUACCUUGAAAUUUUUACCACCAGCCACCCUCUCCACCACACUACUCACGGCAUGCUGCGCUUGGCGGCUCCUUCGUUCUUCUCCUUCUCUUUGUCCAAUUUAUACAACGCCAUGUUUAUGUAUGUGUGUGUGCAUGUGUGUUUCUACAUCCAUGCACGCAUUUCAUUUCAGCUCGUUCACUUGUUAUUUACGAUCACUUUUACACCCUAAAAAUAAAAACAAAACAAAAAACAGCACAACGUAAAAUAAUCGAAGCAAUAAAAACACGUAAACAUUCGUUAAACAGCCUUUUCGAAAGCGUUCGCUCCAUACACAACCACAAACAUUUUCACGCCAUAAAUGUUUCAGCGCCCACUACAAGCGCCCGUUCAUCUAGAUUGUUUAUUUACAACUCCACUGCGGUGCGGCUACUCCAAUGAUAUUUUUUGUUGUAUUGCCGCGCUUACUCUUUCGGCGGUUGCUCGUCGUACGUCCACAUACAUACAUACAUACGUAUCUACAUAGGAUAUCAACCUUCAGCAUGACAGCCCUGUCGAUCGAUGUUAUGCGUGCCACUGCUGGACACCCAGCUUCGUCGAGAUCUCCGUUCUUCGUGCCUUGCCGUAUGAAAUCUGAGUCGCUGUUUGUGGCACGUGACCCAAAAUUCUUGCUUCCCAAUUUAUUUAUUUACUUUGCUUUUUAAAUAUACACAGCUUGGCUUGGUGGCAUACUUUUUAAAAGCCUUUAAGUUGAUGGCGCACAUACAUACGUGCAUAUGUUUUGUAUGUUCUGCUGUCUUGCGGAUUUUGGGAUUUUACUCCGAACUGUGUUUUUUUUUGUAUUUUUUUUUCAUUUCUUAUUUGUAAUUCUACUUGUUGUCUGCUUUUGAAAUCGUAAAUGGAUUCGCAUUUUACAAUGUCAGCUUAAAAGCGUUUACACAAACUUACAGUGUUUUGUUUUUUGAUUUUCUUGUUUUUCUGGCAAGCGUAAAAGGGGUUGGGGUAUUUUUUGUUUUUUUUUUUGGUUUACUUGUUAAUCUUUUGGUUGUUUGUUUCAUUAUUUAAUUCCUUAUCUACCUUCUUAAAAGUUGCGAAAUGAUAUAUGUUAUCUUUGUUGUUGUCUUUUUUUUCUGGCAUGUUUUUUGUUUUUUGUAAGUGAGCGUAAAAAUUUAGGUCUCUGCCAUUUUUGGUCUUAUGAGUAGUUCUUGUUUACGUCUUCUUAUUUUAUUAUUGAAACGUGCGUGUUCGGCGCUUGCUUUGUGGUGCGAAAAUUGGAAUUUCCUAUAUCUGCGGAGCAGUUCCAGCUGGUUUAACUGGAUGUGCAAGACGAAUUAAUAUAUUAAUUUGAUGCUAUUAAAUCGUAUCCCGGAUAUGCAGGCUUUUUCUUGCAUAGAAAAAAAAAAAAAAACUUUGCAUGAAAAAACAUUAAUCAUUUUAGUAAAAAUAAAUAAAAUUUUGCAUGGAAAAGAAUUAACCAUUUUAAUAAAAACGAUUUUUUUUCAUGAAUAUAAAAUUAACCAUUUCAAUAAAAAAGAAACUUUGGAUGGAAAAAAAUUAAACAUUUAAAUAAAAAAAAAAUUUUAUAAAAAAAAAUUAACCAUUUUAAUAAAAACAAUUUUUUUCAUGAAAAAAAUUAACCAUUUAACCAAUAUAA